GACAUACGAGUCGUAGAUCUACUGCAGAGUGCAGACCCGGCGGGAGCGUCUAUGCGUAUUUGGGCUGUAGCUUCGUACCAAAAAUAGACUGAAGACUGAAGUAAUUUAGUUACAAAUCUCGCUCGUAUGGUUUCCAACUUCAGUGAGGAAGAUCGCGAUGGUGGCGAGAUACCUAGACGGCGGAGGAUGAUGUACUUACUCCGCGUCGUGGUUUUGGGCCUCGCGUGGUUCAUUUUCUCAGCUCUGUCUUCUAUUUACAUCAAGCGAACGAUAAAUAUCUUGCCCGCAGUGGCAAAGCUGACCUUGCUGGAGUUUGCCGUCGGGGCGGUGAUGACAUGGCUGUAUCUGGUGUUGUUAAGACGGGAGAUACGUGUCACUCCGACUAUUAUCAAAUCGUUUGUGCCGGUCAGUAUUGCCUACGCACUGGGUCAUAUUCUUACCAACUAUAGUUUUGGUGCAACGUCCCUAGCCUUCGCGCACACUGUCAAGGCACUUGAACCAUUCGUGGCGGUGAUUCUGCAGCGCAUUCUCGGAGACUCGGCAGCUCAUUCCAAGCUCAUGUAUCUCUCGUUCAUCCCGAUAUCAGCUGGCAUAGGACUUGCAUCAACUGGCAGCAUGAAAUUCACGUGGCGUGGAUUCUUUCUGGCCAUGGCGUCAAACCUUUGCUUUGGCACGCGCAAUGUACUGUCGAAGAAGACCAGCACCAGUUCAGGCGUGGACGUUAUCGACUGCUUUCUGAUUCUGAGUAUCUUGGGCACUGUGUACACCAUCCCCCUGUGGCUACUGUGCGAAUACUUGUACGGAGACUGGAUGAACACUCAGAUCCAGGACAUGUCGCCAGAGUCCGCUGUAGACUUUCUGCUCAGCGCCGGUAUUGGUGUAGUAGCUCACUGGAUAUAUAACCAAGCCUCGUUCAACUUUCUUUUCUUAACCAGCCCUAUUACUCACUCCGUGGCCAAUGCUGCAAGGCGCUUGUUCUUGAUUGUGGCAGCACUGCUGUAUUUCUCUCACUCUGUCAGUGGUCGAGCAGGCAUGGGCGUGUCCUUGACUCUAUGUGGUAUCAUGGUGUACAGUUAUGCUGUAGCACGGCAGAGGGAACGCGUCACAUUGCCUCACACUGUGCAGAGAACAUAGCAUAACCAUUGCCUGUCUCACUUUGCUGCCAUGCUCAUAUAGUGCAUGGUGGGAUGACGGGCGCUAUCUUAACCCCUCAGAUUCUAUCAUCAUUGUACUAUCCAUCGUGUUUAUACAACGGUUUACAAUCUCCGGCUGUCUUUAAGUUUCAUUGGCCGUCUUUAAGUUUCAUUGACAAGACCUAAUUGUUGUAUUUAUGGCCUUGAGUGCUAUACAGACUUCACAAUAGAAGUAGGUGACUUGCUCCUACAGUUUCCAGACUUCUCGCGGAGUACGUCUCUAACUCGCUACUCGCUGACUGUGGCUAUAUGCUUCAGUUUUUCCCGCUGUGCGCUUUUUGUUUUUUGCUUAUAUUGCUUUCCCGUUUGUGUUUUGUGUGUGUCAAAAUGUGCAUAUGCACAGUAAUUGGUUGGGAUUAUCGCAGACUGCUGGCCAGCUGUAUGAGGACGGUACAUUGCACUGGCUAUCCUGAAUUUUUAUCAUAUUUCGCUUAUUCUCUGUUGAACUGCUGUCUACUUCUGUGCUGGUCAUACCUGCGUGAUUGCGUGAUGCUUUAUCUGUACGUAUAAUACAGAAGGAUGCAUUCAUGCAGUCACAAUGUGCUGGCUAGCCUUGUCCCACUGCUGUGCUGUUUAGGUGUAUACAAUGUCAUGUAAAUAGUAUAGGUCUCCAUUGAGUGUUUGCAUUGCCACAUGCACUUGUGUAAUAAACCAGGACCAAGCCUA